GCAGUAAGCCAAGAUCAGGCCACUGCGCUCCAGCCUGGGUGACAAAGCAAGACUCUAUCUCAAAAAAAAAAAAAAAAAUUCUACAGGAAGAUCAGAGGUGAUGCACUAAGGAAGACUCACAAUGCCACUGACAGAAAAAGAGACAUUUAGGGGUCUCACUCUGUCUCCCAGGCUGAGUGCAGUGGCACAAUCACAGCUCACUGCAGCCUCCACCUCCUGGGUUCAGGUGAUCUUCCCACCUCAGCCUUCCAAGUAGCUGGGACUACAGACAUGCGCCAGCACGCCUGGCCUUCAACUGAUUGGAUGAAGCCCACCCACAUUAUGAAGAUUCCUGUGGCUGCAUUUGAAUAGCAAAAAUCCUGGCAAGAGGAGAUGAAGAUCUGGGCUAAAAACUUCACUGAGGCUAACAUCUCAGGAGGACCCUGGAGUCACAUGAGCCUGGUUAUCAAUACUCUGGCUGACCAUCAUCAUCGUGGGACUGACUUUGGUGGAAGUCCUUGGUUAGGUAUCAUUAUUGAAUUUCUGAGAAGUUAUAAAGUUGUCAUUACCCUCUGGACAGUUUACCUUUGGUUGUCUUUCCUGAAGACUAUCUUCCAGUCUGAAAAUGGACAUGAUGGAUCCACGGAUGUACAGCAGAGAGCCUGGAAGUCCCACCGCUGUAGACAGGAAGGAAAUAAAAUUGGCCGGAAAGACGUCAUUACUCUACGGAGAUAUGUGAAAAGAAAAGUUAGAGAUAAAAUCCAUAAGAUGAAGGUGACAACGAAAAUCAACCAUCAUGACAAAAUCAAUGGAAAGAGGAAGACCGCCAAAAAACAGAAAAUGUUUCAACCUGCGCAAGAGUUGCAGCGGCGGGCAGAGGACUACCACAAAUGCAAAAUCCCCCCUUCUGCAAGAAAGCCUCUUUGCAACUGGGUCAGAAUGGCGGCAGCGGAGCAUCGUCAUUCUUCAGGAUUGCCCCACUGGCCCUACCUCACAGCUGAAACUUUAAAAAACAGGAUGGGCCACCAGCCACCUCCUCCAACUCAACAAAGUUCUAUAACUCAUAACACCCUGAGCCUCAAGACACCUCCCGAGUGUCCACUCCAUCCCCUUCCACCCUCAGCGGAUGAUAAUCUCAAGACGCCUCCUGAGUGUCUCGUCACUCCUCUUCCACCCUCAGCUCCACCCUCAGCGGAUGAUAAUCUCAAGACGCCUCCUGAGUGUCUCGUCACUCCUCUUCCACCCUCAGCUCCACCCUCAGCUCCACCCUCAGCGGAUGAUAAUCUCAACAUGCCUGCCAAGUGUCUGCUCUAUCCCCCUCCACCCUCAGCGGAUGAUAAUCUCAAGACACCUCCCGAGUGUCUCAUCACUCCCCUUCCACCCUCAGCUCCACCCUCAGCUCCACCCUCAGCUCCACCCUCAGCGGAUGAUAAUCUCAACAUGCCUGCCAAGUGUCUGCUCUAUCCCCCUCCACCCUCAGCGGAUGAUAAUCUCAAGACACCUCCCGAGUGUCUGACCACUCCCCUUCCACCCUCACCUCCACCCUCAGCUCCACCCUCACCUCCACCCUCACCUCCACCCUCAGCUCCACCCUCAGCUCCACCCUCACCUCCACCCUCAGCUCCACCCUCAGCUCCACCCUCACCUCCACCCUCAGCUCCACCCUCAGCUCCACCCUCACCUCCACCCUCAGCUCCACCCUCACCUCCACCCUCAGCUCCACCCUUACCUCCACCCUCAGCUCCACCCUCACCUCCACCCUCAGCUCCACCCUCACCUCCACCCUCAGCUCCACCCUCAGCUCCACCCUCAGCGGAUGAUAAUCUCAAGACAUCUCCCUUAGCUACUCAGGAGGCUGAGGCAGAAAAACCACCCAAACCCAAGAGGCCGAGGGCCGCUGACGUGGAACCAUCAUCACCGGAACCCAAGAGGCGGAGGUUCGGUGACGUGGAACCAUCAUCACGCAAACCCAAGAGGCAGAGGGCCGAUGACGUGGACCCAUCAUCACGCAAACCCAAGAGGCAGAGGGCCGAUGACGUGGACCCAUCAUCAUCCAAAGCCAAGAGGCGGAGGGCCGAUGACGUGGACCCAUCAUCACGCAAACCCAAGAGGCGGAGGGCCGAUGACGUGGACCCAUCAUCAUCCAAAGCCAAGAGGCGGAGGGCCGAUGACGUGGAACCAUCAUCACGCAAACCCAAGAGGCGGAGGUUGAGUUAGCUGAGAACAGGCCAUUGCACUCAAGCCUGAGCAAUAAGAAUGAAACUGAGUAGAACAAAAUAAAAAAAUCAAAAAACAAAACAAAACCCACACUCCAAAAACAAACUAACAAAGAAUAAAUAAAUAAUAUAAAAAUAAAAUAUAUACUGCAGUC